AUGAGCGCCCGAGAUUCAUGUGAUCCCAAAACACUUAGGAAGUUGUGCGAACAGAACUAUGAUAAAAGUACAGCACUUCUUUCCGUCUUAAAGGAGAGCUUGGUGAAACUUGGAAAUGAGUUGGAUUUUUUGAUUGAGAAGAAUCAAGCAGCACAUCGUACUGGACACGGGAGUACAGUGGAAGGAUCGAGAAGUUCAACCAAAUCUAAGAAAAAUGGUAAUGGAGAACGAUCGAAGAAUUAUAAGCGAUCAGUGACGGAGGCGAAUUCCGGGAAACUGGAAAAUCGCAAGGAAUGGAAGCAGCUCUUGUCUGUAAAUUCUAAAAUCGCUGCGCUUAUGGGUGAAAUAUUACUGACAGAUGUUUCAUAUUCUUUGGAGAAGGAUACUUUGACUGCAAUAUGGACGAAGGUUCAUUAUCGGGUUAUUUCCUUCUUGAAACAUAAGAUUAUUCAGGCAUCUAGGAAAAACAAUAUAGAAGUUUUAGGGUCACUUGUGACUCUAUAUUUUCAUUAUCUUGAUACCUGCGUUCAUUUCUAUGUUUCUUGUGCCUUCAUUUUAAUUAAAGUCUAUAGCUUGCAAUGUCUUGAGCCUUUAGCAUCCUACCUUGCUACUCAGCUUGCGUUCAGAACUUCGAAAAAGUCUCACAAAGCAAAGGUUAAAUCUGGAAGCUCAUUACGACAAGAUACACUUUUGAAAUCAUUGUUUUCUUCUAUCUUUGGGUUUAAGAAGUUAUUUUCUGGUACUUUGAGUGUUAUUCUUCAGAAAACGUCAGCAGUAGCUGCUUCUGAUAAAGCUGCUUACUCACCGGCAUAUGUUAGUAGUCCUUUACUUGAAUUAGCUCUACCUGACAAACAGGCACAUUUUUUGAUCGGCACUAUAUACGGUUCCCUGAUUUAUGUAGGCGAUAUCUAUCGUUACCUGGCUCAAGCACGUUCACCUAAAUUGCCCGAUUAUUCUAUCGCAAAGAAAUAUUACCAUAUGGCUGCUUUUGCUGUUCCGAAUUGCGGUAUCCAUUAUCAUCAGUUAGGUCUAAUUGAAGUACAAAAUGCUGAUUCAUCAGCCUCGAAUUCUCCUCAAAAUCAUCAUCAAGGAUUAUAUAAAAGCCCAUCCUCGAGCUCGCUUCUUUCAUCAGAAGCCUCUUCUAGAUCAAUUGUCGAUGAUGCUAAUCUGCUAGGAGUUUCCUCUUUCUUUUUAGCCUCUUUAUCUCCGAAUGGUAUUGCUGCAAAGUGUGCCCGUAACAGUCUUCUCAUUGCGCUGAAACGUAUUUUAGGGAAACCAAAUUUUUUUGACCCAAGUUUGGUAAUGUACCAAAAGGAUAAUUCUCUCGUAUCUUUAUUCCUUCGUUUAUAUGCUUUGGCGUUUUCUGACUUUGAUUGUAUAUCUCAUACGAAUUCCCUUGUAAAGCGAGUCCGGUUUUUAUUAUCUGAUUCUUUGAAAAAUGCUAGGGUAUCCUAUAAAACAUUAUUGAGGAUGACUUAUUGUGCGCUUGCUGCAAGAUGUCUGGCAUCGAAGCUGGGACACAGUGGUACAGGGGAUGUAAUUCAAAGAUUUCCUUCUACGAAUUUAGCUACACAAACUACUGUAAUGUUUUUCGAAGUUCUUGUGGAUGCAGCAAAUGGCCAGCUUCCUUUGCAUGCUUUAAGUGUUAGUUCUUUUAGCCAAGGUCAAUCGCAGCCAUACGGCAUGCUUCUGCAGAAUAUAAUUUUUUCUCCAAUGGUUUUACCGAUAUGUACUUUGGUUUCUUUCUGCUUGAAGCAUAGUGAUAUGUGGCUUACGAAGGAGAUUCGAACUGGCUUAUCACAGAUUUACAAUCGUUUCACUUUCUUCUUUGAAAAUACAAAGCAAGAGUUGCCUACUGAGGAAUGUCUAAUUUGGAGUACUCAAUGGGAUGUUGGUUUGCCGUUUUUCUUUCCUAUGCAACAAAUAUACGAUGUCAAUUAUGACUUGUUGAAGUUGUUAUCUGCAAACAAACUAUAUCCUUUAGGAGAGGAAGAGGACAUUGAAGGCCAAAGAUCUACCGAGGAUAAUGACACAAUGGUAAAAUUAUCUAUUGACUCUUUGUAUAUGUUACUGGGUCGUCAUGCAAACACUCAAACUUCAUCCAUUUCGGUAUCAUCUCCUGCGACACCCCGUGGAUUCUAUCGAUCUCUUGAUUCAACUUGUGUAAAUGCAUUUCCUGCAUCUUCUUUGCCUUCUGACCAUUCUUCUCCUACGUCACCGUUCCAUUCUGGUGCAUCUUCUUUUGUACAGCCAUCGUCAAGCAUAGCAAGUCUGCAGUAUGGUAGAAUGGCUGACCCCAAACCCUCACAGCCCGUCUCACCAUUUUCGUCUGAAAACCUUAGUCAGAUGACGCGUUCAAAGCUUACUUCUGCUUUUGAUGUUUCAACGGAAAAGGACAUAGACAGACCAGAUACACCGUUUUAUGAUUCUCAUUUGCGUUCACGACCGGCAUCAGUAGCGUCUGGAAGUGGACAAAAUACACCAAUGAAAGGAGAAAAAAUUUUAUUCAGACCCAUUGGGAGUCCAAAGCCGCAGACACAACAUCCUAGCGACACUUCCGAUGUACAGCGUCAAGUAUUUUUAUCAGAACUGUUGAAGAGAAUGAUCAACAUCAACAACACCUAA